AUGCAGUCGCAGCACGAUAUCCCAGAUGCGGGGCCCAAGUUGGUCAACCGGCUCGCGCAGAGCAAAUCGCCUUAUGUGCGCGGGCAUAUGAACAACCCGGUGGCGUGGCAGCUUUGGGACACCGAGGCGAUUAAUCUCGCCAAGAAGUACAAUCGCAUGAUUUUCCUCAGUAUUGGUUAUUCGGCCUGUCACUGGUGCCAUGUCAUGGAAAAGGAGUCAUUCAUGUCACCAGAGGUGGCCGCUAUCCUUAACGAGUCCUUUAUUCCGAUCAAAGUGGAUCGAGAAGAGCGACCGGAUAUCGAUGAUAUUUAUAUGAACUACGUUCAAGCUACCACUGGCUCCGGCGGUUGGCCUUUGAACGUCUUCCUCACCCCCGCUCUAGAGCCUGUCUUUGGCGGCACAUACUGGCCCGGUCCCAAUUCGACGACGUUGCUGGGCCCGGAUACGACCGGCUUCGUGGAGAUUCUUGAAAAGCUAAGAGACGUCUGGCAGACACAACAACAGCGCUGCUUGGAGAGUGCCAAGGAUAUCACCAAACAGCUUCGAGAGUUUGCGGAGGAGGGAACACACUCGCAACAUGAGGAACGAGACGAUGACGAGGAUCUCGAUAUCGAGUUGUUGGAAGAGGCCUACCAACAUUUCGCAUCCCGAUACGAUUCCAUUAAUGGCGGAUUUGGCCGCGCCCCGAAAUUCCCCACACCUUCGAACCUCACGUUCCUGCUUCGUCUUGGUGCAUACCCUAGCCAGGUCACGGAUAUAGUUGGCCAGGAGGAAUGUGAAAAGGCGACGGCCAUGGCGGUUACUACUCUGGUGAACAUGGCCCGAGGUGGUAUUCGGGAUCACAUUGGCCAUGGCUUCUCACGGUAUAGUGUGACGACCGACUGGAGCCUGCCUCAUUUCGAAAAGAUGUUGCACGACCAAGCGCAGCUGUUGGAUACCUACGUGGACGCAUUCCGGUUAACCCAUGACCCGGAACUGCUCGGUGCUGUCUAUGAUCUUGCUGCUUAUUUGACGAGUGAGCCCUUGCAAUCUCCGACGGGAGGAUUCUUCUCGUCAGAGGAUGCCGACAGUUUCCCCAGCCCGAACGAUACGGAAAAGCGAGAAGGUGCCUUCUAUGUGUGGUCCUUGAAGGAGCUCACUCAAGUUCUCGGCCCGCGAGAUGCGCCCGUCUGCGCUCGCCAUUGGGGUGUGCUGCCCGACGGGAACGUUGCGGCUGAAUACGACCCACACGACGAAUUCAUGAACCAGAAUGUGCUGUCCAUCCGCGCCACGCCGAGCAAAUUGGCCAAGGAAUUCGGCCUGAGUGAAGAGGAAGUGGUAAAGAUCAUCAAGGGCGGGAAGCAGAAGCUCCAUGACUACCGCGAGAAGACUCGCGGACGGCCCGAUCUUGACGACAAGAUCAUAGUGGGCUGGAAUGGAUUGGCGAUUGGCGCGCUCGCCAAGUGCAGCGUCCUAUUCGAAGAGAUCGAAAGCUCCAAGGCUCUCCAAUGUCGCGAAGCGGGGGCACGUGCCAUCAGCUUCAUCAAGGAAAAUCUCUUCGACAAGGCCGAAGGGAGACUUUGGCGCAUCUAUCGUGAUGGCAGCCGCGGUGACACCCCGGGCCUUGCCGACGACUACGCCUACCUGGCCAGCGGUCUGCUGGACAUGUACGAGGCGACAUUUGAUGACAGCUAUCUUCAAUUCGCCGAGCGAUUGCAAAAAUACCUUAACGAUAACUUCCUCGCCAAGACCGGAUCCACGCCCGCUGGCUACUAUAACACACCUGCAAGUAUGACCCCUGGCAUGCCCGGCCCACUCUUCCGCUUGAAGACCGGCACGGAGUCUGCGACGCCAUCUGUCAACGGCGUGAUCGCCCGUAAUCUGCUGCGCCUGGCCGCCUUGCUGGACGACGAUAGUUACCGGACCCUUGCGCGCCAGACCUGCAACUCGUUCGCCGUCGAAAUCAUGCAGCAUCCCUUCCUGUUCGUGGGGCUUCUGGAUGUGAUCGUGGGCCUUCAGAUUGGGACGCGGACAAUCACCGGGGUCUUUGGCACUUCGGACAUUACCCACGACCCUGUCCCACGCGGCGACAGUCUCCUCGGACGGCGCGACGAGCCCGUGGCAGCGCGUGACCUGGUCGCACGACGUGUCCGAUCCGAGGCCGGGACCGGCUUCUGCUCGUCGACUGUCGUGGCAUCGCUCGUCGAUGUGCGACCCUCGCAUCGGAAGGACUUUGUGGGUAACCAGUCCUUCUGGUUGAAGGGACGCAAUCCGCUGUACAAGGAUCUAGACGCGGCUGACCCGCCGAAGAAUUAUCUGUUGUCUGGCCAUUCCCGUUCACCGUCGUUCGUUGCCGGGAGCCAGUGGACACUUGUCAUGCCUAGUGUGAUGGCCGAUGUCAUGCCCACCGAUGGCCGUGAGCCAAGGACGGAGCCAGGUCCGGAUCAGCAACGCCCAAUUUCCAGACCCAAAGCACAUCAGUGGGACGAUCGCCGUGUCUCUGAAUUUGCGGAUUCGAUGGAUUCGUUAGUCCGCCAGGGAUCCAUCCGAUGUCUCUGCACGUUGUGUACCAUCGUAGGAUCUUCCCCAGGUUGGGUUCCUGUAGUUCCUGGAUGGAAUCGUCAUCGAUCGGCUAUCCUGACACGCGGGAUCAACUGUGUCUCGGCUCAUUUUGGGGCUGCGAUGGUGAAACAGAGGGUGCAGCAGCCGCAGUGUCCGGGGGACCCUCCCGUAAUCAAUGUGAAAAACAGGGCCGUGCAGGCGGACAGCCCGGAGCCAGUCCCAGAGCGAAGAUGGGCCAGUCUGCGUGGCCAGCCCAAAGCCAAGUUUCCUAGUGGCGCCGCCGUUGCGGUGGGUAAUCUCCCCGGGUGA